AUGAUGAAACUGUCUGAUCUGGAGAAUUGGGGAGUGCAAUUCAUGACCAAUAGGUAAGCAAGUGCCGGUUCUUUCUGCCUAACUGAGCGCUUUAAAGAGUGAAUUUAGAUAAUCUGGCAACCACAUGGGACUUUGCUAGAUCUUCGAAUAUGGGCUCACUGAUGGAGACUUGCAUCAAUCUGAUGCAAGCACAGUUUAUGAGUUUCGUCUCUAGUGACCUCUUUGUUCGCCUGCCAGCUGGCACCGUGCUGAAUUGCUGCGAAACGACAAUCUGUUAG